AUGACAGAUCCUGUAAUUGUCGAUGACUCUAGUGCAAGAAAUCGAUAUUCUUAUCUUCAAUGGGUCCCACAAAAUUCGUUAAGUGAGGGAGGUCAUAAUAUAUCGAGAUCAAUGUCAUUACAUCUCCAUUCGACUUUUCGAAGAAUUUUCGUUGGUCCGACUCCGGUAAAUUGGAACUAUAAAAAGAAAUCUUUUUGGUUCUCUAAAAGUGAAAGGGCUGUACAUCACGGUUCAAGAAGAAAAAAAACUUUUAGAGCCGCCACUGAUGUUAUUGGUACAACUAAUAUGUCUUCUCUCGAUUAUAAUGUUUCUGAUGAUCGAUGUGAAGAGCAAAAUAUUAUAUCAGAUACUCCUUUCCUUGUUGAAGAACCACAAGAGUUGGAAAUUAUAGAGUCUGAUACGGAACGUUCAAUAAUGAACAGAGAAAUCUUUUAUACACCAACUGAGGAUAUAAAUUCUUUUUCUGUUACACCGCCUCACAAUCCUCGUUUGUUUAAUUCAAAAAAAAAAUCUCAACUUCAAUCAUUAUCAUUGAAUUUACAAAUUUUGCAACAAAAUGUCAAAUCUCCUGAAGAGAAUGAUAAUGUUUCGGUACCAUCAACAAAUUCGUCAAAAUAUUCUAUUAAUCAUGAUGAAAUAAAUGAUCGAGGAUUUAAUGCAUAUAAUGAUGUUGAAUGUUCCAAGUCCUUUAUUAGUGCGGAAUCGGAGUUUUUUAAAACACCUGUUUGUGAAUCAGGAAUUGUCCUCAAAGAGGAUCGUGUAUUAAUUAGAAUCGAGCGUGUGUACCAUUCAGGUGCUCCAAGGAUAUAUAAUUAUUCCACCUCAAAGAAAUAUCUUACUUACUCUAUAGGAUGGAGAGAGUAUAAUGUGAAAUUAACAUCUGAUAAAGUUGAAUUUUAUAAGAGUAAGGCAAGUCUCACGCUAAGUUUUUUGUUUCAAGAUUUCUGUAAAAAUUUAUUACAAUCAAAUUAUAUUUUAACUUCUUUAAUUUUACAGGGUAAGCUUGUUGAUAAAUUAAGUUUUUCUUCUUCAACGCGAUUAUGUCUCUAUUCGUCUGUUGACUACACAAUAGCUUUAUCUGAUCCAUGUGACUAUGGAAUGAAAGUAUUUAUAUUCCGACCAAAAACUUAUGCCCUAAGUAUCGAAUGGUAUCGCGCUUUAUAUAAUUUACUUAGACCACCAUCAAUUAAACCAGUGCCUCCUAUUUGUGAUGUGGUUGUACCCGAUUUAAAUGUUCGAGUGCAAAUUCCAUUAGAAGACAGAAUGCAAGCAUUCAAAAUCACCGCGGAGGAAAUAACUAAAACUGUUUUGGAUGAAUUGAGCGGUAUAAACGAAUGGGAAGAUGUGUUAAAUGAAUGGCUGAAAAAUAGUGAUAUAAGAUUAUGUUGGAAAAGUUAUGAUCGGAUAGAAUGGAUUGUUUGGGAAAAAAAUGAUAAUGAAAAGGAUAGGAAUGACUUAUUAGCGUGUCCGCAAUUUAUUGAAGGAACCCAUCAAUUACAAUUGCGGUGCACACAACACUAUCCAACAUCUGUAACGUUACCUGAUGAAACAAAGUUGCAGGAACCACCACCAGUUGAAGGAUAUCUUAUUAGAGAUGAAAAACUCAAUAAAAAACGUCCAUUAAUAUAUGCUGUUGCCCCACACGUUCAAGGACAAGAACAUUCUGCUGCUUUUAUUAAGGCUGACAUUAAAAGACGCGCUAAGCAAAUUUUAAAUGCAUAUGGAUUCAUUAAUUUGAUCGAUAUUGUGGAAGUAAAACCCUUAAUUAACGAUAAUAAUGAGGGUACAUGUGAAAAUGAAAAUUUCGAAGAUAUAUCUAAAGAACAUAAAUCCGAAGGAAAAGGAUGUCCUUUUGAACUGGUCAUGUCGAAUGGAAUGACUAUUAUUUUAGAGGCAUAUUCUAAAAUAACCAUGAAAGAGUGGGUAAAAUGUCUUAAUGCACUUGUCAAAUACUGGAAAGCUCGACUUGCAGAUGAUAUUAAAAUUCGAAUUAGUAUGCUUAAAUCAAAUCAGUUUAAUGAUUAUGAUGAUAAUGGUGUACAUAUAGGUGAUGAUUUUCAUGGACAUUGGGAUAGUUUUCGAUCAUAUACCAGCACUACCAUUUGGCACUGGUGUAUUCUAAAUGGGUGUCGAGGUAUUAUGAAAUCUGGCUUAUUAUAUCAAAAAGCCCGCUUCUAUGGCACUUUCAUUAAUUAUUAUCAUAUCUUGACAAGAGGUUACUUAAUAUUUUACCAACUUCAAUCUUGGUCAAUAGUUGGGAGAAAAAAUCGUCGAAGUUAUCAUAGGCAGAAAGGCAUCAUCAAUUUAUUGGAUUGUUAUAUAUAUUCUGGUCAUUUAACUGAUCAUGAUUUGCCUCAUUCUAGCACUUCACAUAAAUUAGGCAAUGAGGUGCUCUAUCUGCCUAGAAUAUACAGUGAUGGAAUGUGUUGUUUUGAUGAUGACGAUGAAUGUACAUUUGUUGUUUGGCAAGGUAACAAACAUCAUGUAAUCAAAAGACAUGGAACUAUUGGUCUUGAAUUGCAAAAGAAAACAACGUUAGAUUCUUCUGGUAAAGCUUGGAUAUUUCGAGCUAGAAAUAGGAUUGAAAGAGAAGAAUGGGUUUGGGCAUUAAAUGUUGAGAUUGAAAGGUGCUUAAUGGAACAAAAAGGUGAUGCUGAAUAA